AUGAAGUUGUUAGUGGUUUUAUUGGCUCUCACUGCCAUCGCCUACGGUAAGUCUGUUGGGCCAAUAGCACCCGAAAAUCUUACCGCCUAUGGAUACCUGAAGAACAUCGGUGUCCCUGAAGGGGAGAGAAUUAAGAAGGCAGAGGAAGCAUUCCUGAGUGGCCAGUCAAGAAUUGUUGGUGGUCUUCCAGCUGCUCUUGGACAGUACCCGUAUCAGGCUGGUCUUAUAUCUGAUAUUAUCGGCAUUACUGGUAGAGGAGUAUGCGGUGGCACACUCAUCUCUAACAACAGAGUGUUGACGGCAGCUCACUGUUGGUACGACGGACAAAAUCAAGCAUGGAGGUUCACUGUUGUCCUGGGAUCUGUAUUGCUGUUCUCUGGUGGAACAAGGCUUGAGACUAGCGCAGUAAUUAUGCAUCCCAACUGGUUCCCAUGGCUAAUCAGGAACGAUGUAGCGAUUAUAUAUCUCCCCAGCUCAGUAUCUACAUCGGCUAAUAUUGCUCCUAUUGCACUGCCGACGGAAGCCGAAGCCAGUGAGUCUUUUGCUGGAAUGCGGGCCAUUGCUUCUGGAUUCGGUGCUACAAGUUCAGACGCUGGAAUCUCCUCGAAUCAGUUCCUGAGUCACGUGAGCUUGAACGUGAUUACAAAUAGCGUUUGCGGUGUUGCUUUUCCCGGGAUUAUCCAAGAUUCCCAUAUUUGUACUAGCGGCAUUGGUAGUGUUGGAGUUUGUGGAGGAGACUCCGGUGGUCCGCUAGUUGUUACCAAUAAUGGCAGACAGAUUGUGAUUGGCGUGACUUCCUUUGGUAUCAGUUUUGGAUGCGAUAUUGGAUACCCCUCUGCCUUCGCGAGAGUUACUUCAUACCUGGACUUCAUAAAACAAAAUAUUUAA